AUGUUAAAUAUAUCGCAAAGUGAAAUGGAGUUAAGAAGGCUUCAAUCAAACGAGUUUUCACCACAAAAUUCGGUUGAUCAAAUCAUCAGGAAAUAUACUGAAAAAAGAAGUGAAAGAUUUCCUAUCAAUAAUACCAACACCCCGAGUAAAAAUGAGUCGUACAUGAUUUCAACGAAAAUAGAUACUUCUAAAGAUCGUGCUAUCAAUAGUGAAUUUAAGGAUAACACAUUGUUCAACUUUAUAACAAACUACAAACCUGAAGAUAUAAAAAAUGAAUAUAACUUGAAUCAAUAUGAUAAACAUUCCAGACAUUCAAAUGUAGCAGAGGAAAGAUCUCACAAAAAAUGUAUAGACAAAUCUACUCAUUGUCGACCAGUUCUUAACCUUUAUAACGAGGGGUUUAUAUUUAAAACUUUAGAGGAAAACGUAAAGCUUACUUCUAUCGUGAAAAGAUUAUUUUAUGCACAUCAAAGGGAAAAAGAACAUGAGGCGUGGAAAAAUUUUAUAAACCUUUUGAAGAAUAAACAUAAGCAAGACGACAAUAGUCAUAUUAAUAAAAAUAUACCUAAUUUCCUAGAACGAGAAUAUGAUUCCGAACGUCUAGAAGAUUACUAUAUUACAAAAUUCAAAUCUCGUCAAUCCAACACAUACAAGACUUUACUUGACGAUAUAUAUAGAAAUUCGGAUGAAAUAGAUAAUUCAAGAAACUUGUGUGAUUCGAAAAUUGUGCACCAACGUGAAAGUCAUACUCCAUAUAGAAGAUAUUCAGUUUGUUAUCCUACAUCUUCUUUAGGUCGUCUUACCGUAUUGCAAAGAGAGAAAGAACGGCUAGCUCGCAUUGAAAAACAUGAAAAAAGCUUAAAGGAAAAUAGAAAUAAGAAAAUUCAAAACAAAUACCUUAAGAAAAGUGAUACUUUAGACUUUUAUCAACCCGAAAGUAUAUGUAGUGUUUUAAAAAGUGAGAUAGUUCAAACAGAAUCAGUUGCUAACAAAAGUUCAAAAACUAAAAAUAAUAGAAAGAUUUACAAGAAUUAUCGUUGUGAACAAAACACACAGACUUUAGAACCAACAAACGAUAACGUAAAAAAUAUACCACUAAAAGAAAUUGAAAAUAAGUUAGAGACAUUGAUUAAUUCAAUUAAUGGUCUAAUUGACGAAUUCAAAAAGAAAAGAAAAGUAAAAAUUGAGUCAAAAAACAAUGGCUUGAGCAAACAUUUUGACGGUUUAAAUAGUAUCAUAGUGAGUAACGAUGAUGAAAAGAAAUUGAAAGAAUCAAGAAAAAAAUAUUACAGCAGUUCAGAGAACGCUCUACCCAGGGACACCUCUAAUAUUCUUUGCCAAUUGCAAUUCGGACGUCACGAAAUUAAAUGA